UUCAAGUUUGUUUGUUCACACACAGGAGAGUUCUAAUUCACUUUUCCAAUCGUCUUACUUUUAGAUAGUGAAAAUUGGAAACAGUAAAUAAACAAUUUUUAGUACAUUUAGUUGAUUUAGUGUCUUUCUAAAUCAGCUGUACCCUCCCUGUGUUCCCCCUUGACUUAUCCAGCAGUGAAUGCUGUGACUUGUGCUGAGGGCUAGGUCGUUUUGGGAAAGUUGCCAUCAUGUCUACGGCAGGUGCUAUCCCUGUGAGGAAUGAGAAGGGGGAGAUCACCAUGGAGAAGGUGAAGGUCACCAGAUACAUGAGGGGUCAGAGGCCGGAGUUUGCCCCAGACAGCAGCAGCGAUGAGGAUGAAGAGUUGGAGGUCGGAGCUGGCUUCCAGGCUGGAAGAGGACGGAUGGCUGUGCUGGAAGAGAAAGCGGAGGAGAUGGAGGAAGAAGAGGAUGGACAGAAGGAAAUAAUGGACCGGAGGUUGAAGCGCCUACAGCAGAGAGAACAGCAGCAAAGCGAUGGAGACGAUGAGGAUGAGGAAGAGGAUAGUGAGAUGCGUAAAAUGGCCCGGGUAGCUCGUCACCGUCGGGAAGUUGUUGAGCCUGAGGUCAUUGCGGAGGGGUCAGAGGACGAGGACGAGGAUCGGCCUGUGAGAAGGAGAAGAGCAGAAGAAAGCAGCGAAGGAGAAGAGGAGGAGGAGGAAGAGGAAGAGUUGGAUGAAGAGGAAGGACAGAAUUACCGUACAGGAAAAGGAAAGAGAAGAGGAAAAAGCGAAGGAGUUGGAGGCGGAAGCCAAGAGACUGGCGGAGGAGAGGAAACGACAGACCAUCAAGAUGGCGAACCAGGACAUGAAGAGAGAGAUGGAGGAAGAGAAAAGUCUCCAGCAGGCUUGCGACGAAAUGGAAACAGACGACGAGAAUGACGAGGAGGAGUAUGAGUUGUGGAAACUACGAGAACUGAAGCGGGUCAAAAGAGACAGAGAGGAGAGAGAAGCACUUGACAAAGAUAAACUGGAAGUUGAGAGACUGCGCAACAUGACAGAGGAGGAGCGUAGGCAGGAGGCCAGGACGAACCCGAAAGAGGUGACCAACAAGGCUCCCAAAGGAAAGUACAAGUUCCUGCAGAAGUACUACCACAGAGGAGCCUUCUUCCUGAAUGAGGAGGACACGGUGUACAAACAGGACUUCUCUCAGCCCACCCUCGAGGAUCACUUUGACAAAACCAUUUUGCCGAAAGUUAUGCAGGUUAAGAACUUUGGCCGGUCAGGACGCACAAAGUACACUCACCUUCUGGACCAAGACACCACACAGUACGAGGCGCCCUGGAUGCAGGACACGGCACAGAACCUCAAAUUCCACACGGCCAAGGGAGGGGGCAUGAAGCAAGUGUUUGACAGACCGUCCAACAAGUUUAAGAAGUGAAACCCUGACUGAACUUAUCAGUGUAUGUGUGUGUGUGUGAGAGAGAGAGAGGGGGAGGGAGAGAACAUUCUGAGUUUCUGAAAUAUGAGAAUAUGCAUGGUUGUACGAACAAGUUUAAGAAGUGAAAACCCUUACUAAACGUAUCAGUGUUAGUGUGUGUGAGAGAAAGAGAGAGAGAGAACAUUCUGAGUUUCUGAAAUAUGAGAAGAAUAUGCAUGGUUGUACGAACAAGUUUAAGAAGUGAACAUUCUUACCAAGCAUGUCAGUGUGUGUGUAUGUGAGAGAGAGAGGGAGAGAGAGAGAGAGAGAAAACAUUCUGAGUUUAUGAAAUAUGAGAAUUUAGCUGGUUUUAGAUGUGUGGUUGUACGAAGUAUGGUCUCGGUGUGAUGUAAAUAUCACUUGUAAAUAAAUAUUGAGAAAUUUUUA